AUGACCUUCACACCUUCAAGCGGCUAUGCCGCUCCCACCAACCUUCAGGACCUUGGGGACGAUUCCUUGCCUAUAUUCAACGUUGAGAGAGUCUCUCUUCAGUUCUCCAUAGCGGCAGACUUUGUCGCUGCCCAGGUCGCGAACAAUGUGCUCGUCUUGGCCCUAUCGAACAACCGCAUCCUCAGGAUCGACUUGAAUAGCCCUGCCGAUGUUGACGAUAUCGACCUCCCCAAGAAACUCACAGAGAUUGGUGUCAUCCGGCGCAUGUUCCUCGAUCCCUCGGCCUCCCACCUGAUCAUAUCCACAAUCCAGGGGGAGAACUUCUACCUAUCCACUCAAUCGCGCCAACCCAAGGCUCUGUCCAGACUCAAAGGUGUCGUUAUAGAGAGCAUAGCCUGGAAUCCGUCGUUACCGACUUCGUCUACCCGGGAAAUUCUCAUAGGCGCUGCCGAUGGCAAUGUGUACGAAGCGUUUAUCGAACAGUCGACGGACUUCCUCCGGCGGGAGGAGAAGUAUCUACAAGGCGUCUACAAAACCGAUGGACCCAUCACUGGCUUGUAUGUGGAUGUCUUGCCUGGGCGGCCAGACUUCCGCAGGAUCCUCGUGGCUACAUCUUCGAAGCUCUCACACUUCGUGGGCAAAGUCGGCGGGCAUAAGUACGAAGGUAGGGGCUCGAUAUUCGCGCAACUGUUCGAACGGGAGACUCCGACCGUAUACGAAGUGCCAAGGAUGCCUGGCUCAGCUACAUCUACGCUUGCCGUCUCGCCUGACCCGCAGGAUGCUGCUAUGCCCGAUGGCACAGGCUCUGAGAGGGCAUAUGGAUGGCUCUCACCUCAAGGCGUCUUCCAUGGAAAAUUGAUCACAUCUGGCGACAUCGCAGACCUCGGCAGAAGGACGUACUCGGAGUCGAAGACGCUGCCGAAAUCGCAUAUCCCGCCUUCGCAGACAACGGGCGGCCGAGCCCGAACAGUUCAGGACCCCGCUACCGCCAUGAUCCUCAGCCAGUUCCAUGUACUACAGCUAGUGGAAGGCAGGAUUGUAGCCACCAACAGACUGAACGAUAAGAUAGUGCAUGAUCAGACGGUCCUCGAACCUGGUCAAGUUGCGCUUGGUCUAGUGGCGGAUCAGAUGAAGAAUACAUACUGGCUGUUUACCGCGCAAGAGAUCUUCGAGAUUAACGUUAUCGAUGAAGAUAGAGACGUGUGGAGGAUCAUGCUUCAAGCUCAACAGUUCGACCGCGCAUCACAGUACGCCAAAACGUCUGCUCAGAAGGACGCCGUCGCUACUGCGUCUGGAGACUAUCUUGUCAGUAAAGGUCAAUUCAUGGAGGCUGCAGCAGUCUAUGGCCGAAGCACGAAGCCCUUUGAGCAGGUUGCUCUGACUUUCAUCGAUAAGGUGGAGCCAGAUGCCUUACGGAAGUAUCUGUUGACGAAGCUUACAACACUAAAGAAGUCAUCAGUCAUGCAACGUACACUGCUGGCGUCUUGGCUCGUGGAGAUAUACAUGGCGAAGCUAAACGUUCUCGACGACACCAUUACAACCAAGGCCGAGCUCUCUGAAACCAUGAACGCCGCCGAUACAGAGAGUCAGCUCUCCGUCGUUCGGAAAGAGUACCAGGGUUUUGUCACCAAAUACAAAUCAGACCUGGACCGCAAAACCACAUACGAGAUCAUCAGCAGUCACGGUCGCGAAGAGGAGCUGCUGUAUUUUGCGACAGUCAUCAACGACUACAACUACGUCCUAGCCUACUGGGUACAACGCGAGCGAUGGUCCGACUCCCUCGCCGUACUUAAGAAGCAGACCGACCCCGAGAUCUUCUACAAGUACUCCAGCGUCCUAAUGGCCCACGCACCCACCGAGUUCGUCGACAUAAUGAUGCGACAAACCAACCUCGACGCACGCCGCCUGAUUCCCGCCUUCCUGAACUACAACCGCAUCACCAAAGCGCCGCUCCCGCAGAACCAGGCAAUCCGCUACCUGCAGUUCGAGAUCAACCAGCACAACUCGACCGACGCCGCCGUCCACAACACGCUCAUCUCGAUGUACGCCUCGGCGCCGACGCGCGACGAGUCGGCGCUGCUGGCUUACCUCCGCGCGCAGUCCUACGCGCACGAGCAGAACUACGACGCCGACUUCGCGCUGCGCCUCUGCAUCCAGCACAAGCGCGUCGUGAGCGCCGUGCACACCUACAGCGCCAUGGGGCAGGACGCGCAGGCGGUAGAUCUAGCGCUCAAAUACGACGACGUCGAGCUCGCGGCGUCGGUCGCGGAUCGCAUGGAGAGCGGAGACCAGGCGCGGCGCAAGAAGCUGUGGCUCGCGAUCGCGAAGAAAGUGAUUGGGCAGGCCGAAGGCAUCAAAGGCGCGAUCGAGUUCCUGAAGCGGUGCGACCUACUGCGCAUCGAGGACCUGAUCCCCUUCUUCCCGGACUUUGUCGUCAUUGACGAUUUCAAGGAGGAGAUCUGCGCCGCGCUCGAGGAGUACAGCAGACAUAUCGAUGCGCUGAAGCGCGAGAUGGACGAGAGUGCUGAGACGGCCAAGCAUAUCAAGCUGGAUAUCAAGAGCCUGGAUCAGAGGUAUGCGAUUGUGGAACCGGGGGAGAAGUGCUUUGUCUGUCGGCUCCCGCUGCUCGCGAGGAUGUUCUUCGUGUUUCCGUGCCAGCAUGCUUUUCAUGGCGAUUGUCUUGCCAAGAGGGUGGUGGAGCAGGCGGGCGUCGCGAAGAGCAGGAGGAUUAGGGAGUUGCAGGAUGAGGUUGAUGGGACGGGCAGGUUGGGAGCGAAGAGGGAACAGGUGGUCAGAGAGUUGGAUGAGUUGGUGGCGGGGGCCUGCGUGCUUUGUAGUGAUAUGGCUGUGAAGCAGAUCGAUGAGCCGUUCGUACUGCCGUCGGACGAUCGGAACGAAUGGGCUUUGUAG